AGCAGCAGCAACCCGGUGGGCUGAGCGCCAACAUUAACAUUUAAACCGGUUAAAACCCUUUUUCUACCCUGGUUUCCUGUCCGUUCAGGCGGAGCAGCGAUGUCCGUCUUCGUCCAGACCCGGGGCGAAGCGGGCGGCGGGGUGGCCGCCCACCUCCGGUGCCCCCAAUGCGGCCACCUGUCCAAGAGCCACGCCCAGCAGCUGUGCCACCUGGCGGCGUCGCACCCCGCCUGCCUGGACGGCGUGGCCGUGGGUCGCCUGGGCAACAUCCUGAUGUACCAGGCCGGCGGGCGGCUCUUCCACUGCUCCGACUGCUUCUACACCAGCCGGGACUUCAACAAACUCUACAAGCACAUCAUAGCCCGCCACUGCCUGCUGUGCAAGGAGGAGGAGGAGGGAGACGGGGAUGCCGGUAAGAAGGAGGAGAGCGGCGGAGGGGAAGAGAAGGAAGAAGAUGGAGAGAAGAAAGAUGUGGAAGAAAACCAGAACAUGGAGGGUCUGAAAAGGAAGAGGGAGGGAGCGGACGAAGAGGAAGAAGCGCCCCAAAACAAGCAGAGGGCUCCGGGUGAGGAGGAGGAGAAGGAGGGAGAGGCGGUUGCUCCGGACAGGAAGACGAGCAGCGAGGGUGACGGGGGGGCGCAGCAGGGCGGGGCGGAGGAGGAAGAGGAGGAGGAGGAGAAGAACUGCGUGCUGACGUACGACGGCGCCCUCUUCCACUGCAAGAUCUGCGGCUGGAGCCACAAGCAGAGGUCCGUCUCCGUCAGCCACAUCGUGCGCAAGCACGAGAUCCCCAAGAGCUGCGCCUCCCACGCGCUCGCCAAGAGCCGGGAGGCGCAGGGGGCCGAGGAGGAGGAGGCGCCGGGGCUGAGCGAGGAGCUGAUGAGGGAGGAGGUGAACGUGACGGGGAAGCUGGUGGGCUUCGUCUCCCACCGUUACGUGUGCCUGAUCUGCGACUGGAGGAGCAAACUCAAAGGGUUCGUCCUGACCCACAUCGAGCGGCGCCACGAGGUGGCGCGCCCCUACCGCUGCAAGGAGUGCUCCCAGAGCUUCAUCGUGCCCAGCCGCCUGCAGCAGCACGUCCGCACCGCCCACCGGCCCGGCCGCUACGCCUGCCCCUUCUGCUGGUUCCGCUCCGAGUUCCUGGGAGGCUUCAGGAGGCACUGCAGCCGCUGCAACGCCCGGGAGGAGGAGGGAGGCGUGCCGGGGGUGGCGGCAACAGCAGCAGCAGCAGCAGGAGGAGCAGGAGGAGGAGGGGUCAGCUGGGAGGAGGCGGACAGGAAGGAGACGAGAGGGAUGAGGAGGCGGCGGAGCUUAGAGACGAGGGGGAAGGAGGAGGAGGAGCUGGACGAUGAGGAGGACGAUUAACCAGGAAGUUACAAAAAAAGUAAAAAAACAAAACAACUGGACUUUUUUCCAAAGUUUGAAGACGGUUCGCUUCCUCUCCAGGAAGCUUUCUCAAUUCAAAAAGUCU